CGCUUGCCACCAGUGUCAUCGAAGUCAACACCAAUAUCUUUCUUCUCUCACGGCGUCAAAGCACACCUAUGGUGUUCAGACUCCUUUCCCUGUGGCCUAUCCAUUUCCCCGUUGUUAUAUAGGCUAUUCGCUGCUUCUCCCUUCUCACCCCGCCACGCCGCAGUGUGUGCGUGAGAGAGAGAGAGAGAGAGAGAGAGAGAGAGAGAGAGAGAGCGAGAGACAGAGAGACUUUGAGAUACAGAGAGAGAAAGGGGGUAUGGUUUUUGCCGGUGGUACCUGCGGAGGCGCGGGCGACGGCGAUGGCCUCAAGCUGGAUCCAUGUAGGUUCGCCGUCCGAGUGGUGCGCGGCCGGUGGUUUAUGCUCUUCUCUUCGUUCCUUAUCAUGGCCGCCGCCGGUGCCACCUACAUCUUCAGCAUCUACUCCAAGGACAUCAAGUCGUCGCUGGGCUACGACCAGUCGACGCUGAACACGCUGUCCUUCUUCAAGGACCUCGGCGCCAACGUCGGCGUCCUCUCCGGCCUCAUCAACGAGGUCACCCCGCCCUGGGUCGUCCUCGCCAUGGGCGCCGGCAUGAACCUCUUCGGCUACCUCAUGAUCUACCUCGCCAUCACCGGCCGCACCGCUCCUCCCCACGUCUGGCUUAUGUGCCUCUACAUCUGCGUCGGCGCCAACUCCCAGACCUUCGCCAACACCGGUGCCCUCGUCACCUGCGUCAAGAACUUCCCGGAGAGCCGCGGGAUCGUGCUCGGCCUCCUCAAGGGCUUCGUCGGCCUCAGCGGCGCCAUCAUGACCCAGCUCUACUAUGCCAUCUACGGCGACGACUCCAAGUCCCUUGUUCUGCUCAUCGCCUGGCUCCCGGCCGCCAUCUCCAUCGUCUUCGUCCACACCAUUCGGAUCAUGAAGGUGGAAACGCAGGGCAAGACGCCCAAGCCCUUCUUUUGCUUCCUCUACAUCUCCAUCGCUCUCGCUACUUACCUCUUGAUCGCGAUCGUCAUCGAGAAUAAAGUCACCUUCUCCCACUCUGAGUUCGGCAUCAGCGCUGCCGUAGUUAUGCUCCUCCUCGUACUCCCCCUCGCGGUCGUCGUUAAAGAGGAGUUCAGAGUCUUCAAGCAAACGAAGCAAGAUCUGCAAAACCCACAGCCACUCGCCAUCACCGUCGAGAAGCCGUCGCCACCAGAGCCGUUGCCGCUCCCAGAGUCCAAACAGAGUCCUCCGACAACAGCCACGGCCGGCACCAAACAUAAGAACCAUGUAGUUUCCUGCGUGGGAGACAUGUUCAGGCCGCCCGACAGGGGCGAGGACUACUCCAUCCUCCAGGCGCUGGUGAGCAUCGACAUGAUAAUCCUCUUCUUCGCCACCAUCUGCGGCGUCGGGGGCACGCUGACGGCGAUCGACAACAUGGGCCAGAUCGGCGAGUCGCUGGGCUACCCCAAGCGGAGCAUCGCCACAUUCGUCUCGCUCAUCAGCAUCUGGAACUACGCAGGGAGAGUGGCGUCCGGGUUCGCCUCUGAGAUCUUCCUCACCAAGUACAAGUUCCCUCGCCCGCUCAUGCUCACGGCAGUCCUCCUCUUGUCCUGCGUCGGCCAUCUCCUCAUCGCCUUCGGCGUCUCGAAUUCCUUAUACUUCGCCUCAGUGGUCAUCGGGUUCUGCUUCGGCGCGCAGUGGCCGCUGCUCUUCGCCAUCAUAUCGGAGAUCUUCGGGUUAAAAUACUACUCCACGCUCUACAACUUCGGCGGCGUCGCCAGCCCGAUCGGGUCCUACAUACUGAACGUGAGGGUGGCCGGAUACUUGUACGACAGGGAGGCGCUGAAGCAGAACAAUGGCGUGAGGGGACCCAACGGCACCGACCUGACCUGCAUCGGCGUCGAGUGUUACAAACUCUCGUUCAUCAUAAUCACGGCGGUGACGGUGCUCGGAGCGCUGGUGUCGCUGGUACUGGUCUGGAGGACCAAGGACUUCUACAAGGGCGACAUCUAUGCCAAGUUUAGGGAGCAGAUGGCAGUAGCAGAGAUCGACAUGGCCGCGGGAAACUUCAGUCUAGAUCGGAUAGAUGGAGAAGAAGAGGCGACACAGAAGAAGAAGAAGAAGAACGCUACAUCUCAGGAUGAAGAGGAGGAGGUCGUGGUCAAUGGUAAUGGUAAAAGAGCUUGAGAAAGCUUACAUGUAAACUCUGCUCUAAUCUUCUGCUUACUAAUCAACAAAGAUGGCAAAGAAAGAGUACUCCAUUUUGCA